UGAUAACUCCUUGGAAAGAGAUAUUCACUUCAAUGCCAGUAUGGGCUGUUACGAUCUCACACGCUGGUCACAAUUGUGGAUUUUGGUUGCUGCUUAGUGAAAUGCCCACAUUUAUAAGUUCUGUACUUAAGUUCAACAUUAAAUCGAAUGGACUUGUGUCUGCAUUACCUUACUUGGCCAUGUGGCUGUGUCAGUUUCCAGUUACAUAUUUUGCCGAUUAUAUGAACAAAAAAAAUGUGACUUCUCUCACCUUUUCACGUAAAUUUUGGAAUACAUUAGGUAAUAUUUUAAGACAUAGCAUUUUUUUAUACUAAUAUAAUAUGUAGACGUAGUAGUACUGUAUAAUGUGUAAUGUGUAACAUCGCUAUGUUACAAUUGUAAUUAGGGUCUGACGAAAAUAAUUGGAAUGUAUUUUGAUAAAACUAUACUUAAUAAAUAAAACCGCCAUUUAAAUAUUUAAAAUAACUUGCAGAAAACACAGAGCUUCAAACCUUGAACGUUUUAUAAUUAAUAUUUGAAUUAAUUUUCCAGUUAUUUUAAUUCGUUACCUACGGGCUACG